AUGAGAAACCUGCGUCUGUUUCUUACCUUCAGCCGUGACACCGUGAGGAGCAGCAGCAGCGCAGACGUCCACAGCCAGCCUCCGGUCAUCUCUGUGAUCCCCGUGAGGAGUGCGCGUAUUCCCCGCUGUUCCCCCGUGUACGGCUCCGUGCCUACUCAAACGCGCGCAGAGGAAGCCCAGAGGAUUUGUGCGCCUCUGCAGAAGACAUGA